ACCUGGAAGACUGGGCAGCGAGACCCUGCGGCCCAGGAUGGGCUUAUUAUCCCCGGUAUCUGCGGCCUGGACCUCGAUAACGCUCACCCUUAUACUGAGCCUGCCUGCUGUGCUUUCCAUGGAUGUCCGUGUAGAAUCUGCUGUUUAUGGUGUAGUUGGCGAGUCAGUGAAGCUGUGGUGUGGCUUUACAUCACCUUACACCAUCUCAAAACAUAUCACUAUAGACUGGAGCUACCGUUCACAGGAUGGGGGUCCCACUGUCACAAUCUUUCACUACCAGUCUGUGGCAUACCCUAGUAUGGAUGGGUCCUUUAAGGAUCGAGUUACUUGGGAAGGAGAUGUGGAACGUGGUGAUGCCUCCAUCUCACUGACAGACCUGAGACUUAGUGAUAAUGGGACACUGACAUGUACUGUGAGGAAUCCUCCAGAUGUCCAUGGGAACUUUCCACAAACUAAGCUGACUGUCACCGUGCAAAGAAUCCACUUCAAGUUCAAUACAGUCCUUCUGCUCUCUUGUUUUGUCUUCAUCCCCUCUGUUCUCGUGUCCCUGGUACUGCUGUUUAGGAUGAGGAGGGCAAUUCGGAAGGACUAUAUCAAGAGCAAAAAGAGGCCUAAGAAAUGCUCCAUUGAGGCAUCCCAUGAUUGCGUCUAUGAUAACCAGAGUACGAAUUCUCUCCUGCACGAUGAAUCGCCCUUGUAUCCUCCUCGCAGUUGCAUACAGCGUUUCUGCCUGGAGUGCGCC